CUCUCCUGCAUAAUGACUGUUGCCACAGGCGACCCGUCCGAUGAGGCUGCAGCCCACCCAGGCCACCCUCAGGACUAUGACCCGGAGGCUGAGCAGGAGUGCUGUGAGAGAGUUGUCAUAAACAUCUCAGGCAUGCGCUUCGAAACGCAGCUCAAGACCCUCUCACAGUUUCCUGAGACAUUACUUGGAGACCCUAAAAAGAGAAUGCGCUAUUUCGAUCCUCUGAGAAACGAGUACUUCUUUGACAGGAAUCGACCCAGCUUUGAUGCCAUUCUUUAUUACUAUCAGUCUGGAGGCAGGCUACGGCGACCAGUCAAUGUGACUCUGGAUAUAUUCUCAGAGGAGAUCCGCUUUUACGAGCUUGGGGAGGAGGCCAUCGAGAUCUUUAGGGAGGAUGAGGGCUUCAUUAAAGAGGAAGAGAGACCACUGCCCGAUAAUGAAUUUCAAAGACAAGUGUGGCUGCUGUUUGAGUACCCAGAGAGCUCAGGGCCUGCUAGGAUCAUAGCCAUCAUCUCUGUUAUGGUCAUUCUCAUCUCAAUUGUCAGCUUCUGCCUGGAAACCCUGCCCAUCUUCCGUAGUGACGAGGAAGAAAUGCACAAAGUCCACACUCCAACCUCCAACACCACCACCGCUUACAUCUCCACCUACUUCACUGAUCCCUUCUUCAUUCUUGAGACCCUGUGCAUCAUUUGGUUCACCUUUGAGUUUUUAGUGCGCUUCUGUGCCUGCCCCAGCAAAGCCAGCUUCUUUGUGAACAUAAUGAACAUGAUUGAUGUGGUGGCAAUAAUCCCAUACUUCAUCACCCUGGGUACCGAGCUUGCUGAGACUGCAGAGGACGGUCAACAGGGACAGCAAGCCAUGUCUCUGGCCAUCCUGCGUGUCAUCAGACUGGUGCGUGUAUUCAGGAUCUUCAAGCUCUCCCGUCACUCCAAGGGCCUUCAGAUCCUGGGCCAGACUCUGAAAGCCAGCAUGAGGGAGCUGGGCCUGCUCAUCUUCUUCCUCUUCAUUGGAGUCAUCCUCUUCUCCAGUGCUGUCUACUUUGCAGAGGCGGAUGAGCCUGAGUCUCAGUUUGACAGCAUCCCUGAUGCCUUUUGGUGGGCUGUGGUCUCCAUGACAACAGUUGGUUAUGGAGACAUGGUGCCCACCACCAUUGGUGGUAAAAUUGUGGGAUCUCUCUGUGCCAUUGCUGGUGUACUCACCAUCGCCUUGCCCGUCCCUGUCAUUGUCUCCAACUUCAACUACUUCUACCACCGGGAGACAGAGGGAGAGGAGCAAGCCCAGUAUCUGCAGGUAAAUGUCCCAAAAGCAGAAUCCCAGGAGGACAUGAAGAGGAGCCGGAGUGGCUCCACCAUUAGCAAGUCAGAUUACAUGGAGAUCCAGGAAGGAGUAAACAACAGCAAUGAAGACUUUCAGGAGGAGAACAUCAAGAGAGCCAACUGUACUCUAACCAAUACAAAUUAUGUCAAUAUCAAAAAGAUGCUGACAGAUGUGUAG